AUGUCGAGUGCAGUACGAAGUUCUGCGCGGUUGGCGGGGCUUGCUCGCAAGGCGCUCCCUGUCUCCGCCCGGGGCUAUGCAACCUCGAUUCCGGCCGGAGCCCAUCAUCAAGUCGUGGUUGUCGGCGCCGGGACGGGAGGUGUCACAGUCGCUGCCCAGCUGCUCCGGGCCAGGGGCUCCGAGAAGACCGAUAUUGCCAUUCUGGACCCCGCUGCCACGCAUCACUACCAGCCCGGAUGGACGCUUGUCGGCUCCGGCCUCAAGCCCCUGAAGGACAUGAGCCGGCAGCUAGACGCCGUCAUCCCCGCCGGCACGCAGCACUACCCGCUGCGGGUGUCGUCAUUUGACCCGGAGAACAACGCGGUCAAGACCGCCGAGGGCGUGGACAUCACCUACGACUACCUGGUCGUGGCCCCGGGACUCGAGACCAACUUUUCCGGCAUCGCUGGCCUGCAGGAUGCCUUGCAGGACCCUGCCAGCCUCGUCUCGUCCAUCUACUCGGACAAGACGGUCGAGCAGGUCUGGAGGAACGUCCAGGCGUUCAAGGAGGGCGAGGCCCUCUUUACUCAGCCCGCCGGCAUCAUCAAGUGUGCUGGCGCCCCGCAGAAGAUCAUGUGGAUGGCCCUGAGCCAGUGGAAGCGUGACGGAAUUAGGGAUCAGAUCCGUCCUACUUUCGCAACCGGCGCACCAGCUAUGUUCGCCGUGCCCAAGUACUCUCAGGCGCUUGAGCAGCUCCGCCAGGAGCGUGGCGUGGAUGGUCUCUUCCAGCACAACCUGGUCAGCGUUGACGCCAAGAACAAGGUCGCCACAUUCAAGAACCUCGCGGACGAGGGCAAAGAAGUGCAACGAGAGUACGGUUUCCUGCACGUAGUGCCGCCUCAGAAGCCAUGGGAUUGGAUCGCAAAGUCACCUUUGGCCGACGCCGCCGGUUGGGUUGACGUCGACAAGUCCACCACCCAGCACACCAAAUACUCCAACGUUUUCUCCCUGGGCGACGCCUCCAGCUUGCCCAACAGCAAGACGGCGGCCGCCAUCUCCUCUCAGGCCCCUGUCUUAAUCAGCAACCUCGUCGCAGCCAUGCGUGGCGAGCAGGGCAAGGCUUCCUACGACGGCUACGCCAGCUGCCCGCUGCUCACGGGCCACAACGAGCUCAUGCUCUGCGAGUUCAAGUACGGCGGCGUGCCCAAAGAGACCUUUGCCGGUGUCUUUGGUGGCCAGGAGAAGCCGAGACGGGCUUUCUAUCACUUGAAGAAGGAUUUCUUCCCCCUUGUCUACUGGAACAGCUUUGUGAAAGGAACUUGGUUUGGUCCCAAGGGCUGGUCGAAGCCGAAGAGCUCGUAA